AUGUCCCAAGAACCAAUACACACAGACCAUCACGAGCAAGACUCACUCACCUGCUGUACUUUUAAUAUUCAUCAUUUCUGCACAGCCAAAGGCAAAAGUAAUCUCAAUCGAUUACUCAAAUAUUUAACGAUAAAAGAUUAUGACAUUAUUGGCUUGAAUGAAGUCUCCACUUCGCAAUUUCAAUAUUUCCUAUCGGAAUUGAAUGAAAAACAAAUUCAACAAGGAAAAUCUCAAUAUGAAUAUUUUGAAGGCAAUGCCAAUGGUUAUUAUGAAUCCAAUGCAGUGUUGAGUAAAUUUAAAAUUCUUGAGGGUGCUUCGGAACAAAUUGCUGACGAUCGAUGUAUAGUUGGAGUGAAAAUUGACAAUGUUCAUGUGCCAUUUGUGUUUUUAACUCAUUUGGAUCAUGUUCAAGAAAAGAAGCGAAUGAAACAAAUGAAACGAGGAGUGAAAUUUAUGGAAGAGUUUAUGGAGGAACAUGAUGACGAGGAGGAAAGCAAUAAAAAACCAAACCAUCAAAUGAACAAGACACAACAUAAAAGCCAUGCUGCCACGCAUCACAAAAAUGAUGAAAGUGUCAAUACCAAGACGACAGCAAACUAUAUUUUAAUGGGUGACUUUAAUUCCAUGAGAGAUGACGAUUAUACACCCGAGUUCUGGAACAAGAUCAAGAAUCAAAGAAUAGAAUGGGGUUGGGAACCUGCUCAUACCAUGAUUGCUGAGUAUUUAUUUGAAGGAAAAUAUUGUCAGAAUGAUGACUAUGAUGAAUUUUAUGAUCAAGAUGAUGAUGACAAGUACAAACAAAGGAAUCUUGUAUCGAAAGUGGAUUGUUGGAAACAAUGUCAUCCCAAUGAUUUAUUGGAUGACGACAGGGUCAUUGGUUCCUCGAGGCUUAAUACAAGAAUUGACUAUAUUAUUUGUAACGAAGAAUUGAAGUCAUCUUUGACAGAAUGCAACAUUGACGAAGAAGGUGCAACAAUAUCAGACCAUCUUCCUGUGUUUGCUAUCUUUGAAUUUGACAGACCUCAGAUGGACAAUGAAUAA